CAUCUUCCUUUCUACUCAGAUUUUCAGCAAUGGACAGGGAGUGGGGUUCUAAGCCGGGAAGCGGUGGGGCCGCCACCGCCCAGAAUGAGGCCAUCGACCGACGGGAGCGGCUCCGGCGACUUGCCCUGGAAACCAUUGAUUUGGCUAAAGAUCCAUAUUUCAUGCGCAAUCACCUUGGAAGCUACGAGUGCAAGCUCUGCUUGACUCUGCACAACAAUGAGGGGAAUUACUUAGCGCACACACAGGGGAAGCGUCACCAGACCAACUUGGCUAAGCGAGCGGCUCGUGAAGCAAAAGAAGCUCCAGCUCAGCCGCAACCCCAUAAGCGCAAAGUUAAUCUGAAGAAAGUUGUUAAAAUUGGUCGGCCUGGAUAUCGUGUGACCAAGCAAUUUGACGGGGAGACCAAACAGAGAUCACUGCUUUUCCAGAUAGAAUAUCCUGAGAUUGAAGACAAUACAAAGCCAAGGCAUCGGUUUAUGUCAUCCUUUGAGCAGAAAGUUCAACCGUUCGAUAAAAGAUAUCAAUACCUGUUAUUUGCUGCUGAACCAUAUGAAAUUAUAGCUUUCAAGGUUCCAAGUAUAGAGAUUGAUAAGUCAACUCCCAAAUUCUUCUCCCACUGGGAUCCAGACUCGAAGAUGUUCACGUUGCAGUUGUACUUUAAGACAAAGCCACAAGAGGCAAAUAAACCUCAACCUGCUCCUGCAGCUAAUGGGACAGCAGUUCCUGGUGCCCCACCUAGGCCUUUACCACCACCUCCUCCUCCACAAGGACUGCCUCCGCCACCUCCAACUGGUAAUCCUCCUAUGCCUCCAACUUCGAUGCCUCCUCCUUUAGCCAAUGGACCAAGACCUAUGCCACCUGGUGGGAAUCUGCCUGCCCCACCUCCUCCUCCUGUUGGCAGUGGUCCUAUGGCAAAUUUUACCCACGGUGCACAAAUGGGAAGGCCACCUAUGCCACCACCUCAAGGUUUCUUGGGGCAGCAAAUGCAGGGUCAUGGGAUGUACCAACCCCCUCCACCUAACAUGGGUUGAACCAUCAUAUCUGCAACACAUUCUGUGUAAUAUUAUAUGGCAAGCAAUCUUCUGGUAUAAGGUUGUUUUGUUUAUAUGACAAAGGCAUGGUAUUCUGCUACAAUUGUGAUUGCAGUUUGACGACUUGCCCUUAUCUUUAAAUCAUUUUUGUAAGAAACCAUGAGUGAGGAUAGAUAUGGUCCAUGAUGUAUAAGUGCAAGAUCUUAUGGCUUUGUUAGAUGUCUAUUAGCCUUACUGAAAACGAAGUGUAUUCUACCAUCUUAAUAUUGAUUUUCUUCAAGGUGCUCAA